CUGACCUGUGUUGUCAAUACACCAAAGUGAUCAGAGAGAGAGAGAGAGAGAGAGAGAACCAAAGUGCUCACAUGUUCAGUUCACUGCUGAUUCAAGAAUCUGUUUUACAGCAUCUUACCCUAACCCCUCUCCCCAUUUUGAGUUUUUGCAGUCUAUAUUGAUCAUUGUUCCUGGUGAUUCUCUCUUGUAAAUUGGAGAAUCAGGAAGAGGAGGAGAGAAGAAUACAGAGGGUAAUGGCCUCUGACAAGUACAUCUUCCACCUUACAGGACCUUCACACCUAAUAACUGUUGAUUGGAAUAAUUCACAUCACCAUAGAUCUGUUGCUGCUAGCUUGGUACAUGGUGUCUAUGUCUUAGAAGACGACUACCAGAGGAAUCGUAAAGGACCUGAAUCUCUUGCUCCACCCUGGUGGGGGUUCUUCCAUUUUCAGUUACUUCAUUGCCUCAUGGAUAAUAAUUCCAUCUUUGGUGCUGUUUACGAAUUCAAACCCCCGAAUUCGAAUUUUCACCGAUCAAUCCAGAAGGCCCCAAGAUAUGUCAUUGCCUUCCAAGGCACUGUCUUCAGGCCAGGCUCCUUCACCUGCGACCUUAGAUCAGUUAUCCUUACAGUCAAGAACGAGGUUAGUGUAACCUCGCGCUUCGAGAUUGCAAUUCAAACAGUCCAGAACAUGGUUGCUGCAGUUGGAGCUUCAAAUACAUGGUUAACUGGUCAUUCUUUGGGCUCUACAUUGGCUAUGCUUACUGGAAAGAACAUGGCCAGGACAGGUAUUUAUCUCCAAGCUUUUCUCUUUAAUCCACCAUUCUUGUCUACUCCAUUUGAGUGGAUUAAGGAUGAGAAACUGAAAGAAUGUAUCAGAGUCACAAGAAGUUUUAUCACAGCUGGACUCGCCAUUGUCCUAAAGGAUCCACGCCAGAGGUCAGGAUUAGAAGAUGAUUUUGUUGCCUUGUCUUCAUGGGUUCCAUGUUUGUUUGUUAAUCCAGCGGAUCCCAUCAGCUCAGAGUAUAUUGGUUAUUUUGGGAAUAGGAAACAGAUGGAGGAGAUUGGAGCAAGGAAAAUUGGAGAACUAGCUACUCAGAAUUCCAUCCCUAAUCUUCUGUUUGGGAAGAAAGAAUCAGAACCUUUGCAUGUCCUUCCAUCCGCAAAUCUUACCAUUAACUUGAGCUCAUCAUCAAAUUCUAAACUAGCUCAUGAGAUUUUCCAAUGGUGGAGCAAAAAGGUGCGUUUGCACAGUAAGCUAUACCAAUACAAAUGAAAGUGAUCAAAAGUUCCUAUGUGUUUAUGGUUGUACUCCAAUAAGAAGCUAAGUAUUCCCUCCCUAUGUGGGAUAGAUAUAAAUUGUCUUUUCAAUCCGGGUAUGCCUGGACUUUAAAAUCCUGUACAUCUUUAUAUUAUUAAUAUACUCUUUGCUGA